AUGUUAUUUCAUUUGUCAGCUCGACUCGGCCGUAGUUUCUGGGCCCUCCUUGCGGUACUCAUGGGGCUGCUCAUGGCUGUCGCUCCGGCGAGCGCAGCCAUGUCCCCCACAGAGAUCGCGGUCGCUUGCCACAGCCUUGCCCGCAUGGCAUUCGACCUGAAAGACCUCGUAAAUGUGGUUGCGCAGAAGAGAAAUCCGGGACCUUUCCAGGAUAUCCUUGACGAGUUCAAUGAUAUUUCCGACUCUUGUCUCUCCAACAUCUCGGUCAUGAUCCGCUCUUCUGUCGUGACGGACCAGGCGGACCAGCAGCUGAUUUACGAGGCUUACUCCAAUGGCCUCUUUGAGCUGAUGGACUCCGUCACCGAAUCUGCCCCUGUCCUCAUCGUCCUCGAUAAGCAAGCCGAGUUCCGUAUUCCUGCCGCCGUCCGCGAAGUCGCCGGCGUCGUGGAUGCUUUACUCUAUCAGCUCAUGGCCAUCUUUUCGACCAACACGUCCUAUUCAUCGCAGACUGCAAACCAAAAGACCCAAGUCGAUACGCACUUUCGUCAGGCCGUCCACGCGUUCCAUCUGGCUACGGCCAACACUGGAUCGCCAUACUCCAACACCACAUCCCUUUACCCAUCCGAUCAGAUGUCCAGAGAAGACGAUGGUUCUCUGGAGGUGGACCUCCUUUUACCCUGA